GUCAUAAUUUAUAUAUGGAUGAUGAUGGGCAUGGUUUCAUAAUAACCCAUAAUCAUUAUGUUUUGGUGAGAUUUUACAUACAUGGUUCAAGGCCUGAACAUAAGGAGUAGACGAACAUAAGCCCAAUUGUAAAUAGGCUUGGGAGCGGCCACAGUCCCAACCACUUACCAUAACAGGCCCAAUAAGGAGGCUUCCAAAUGCGGCGAGCUCACCACUUCCCCACGAUCUCCUGCCCGCAGCUUAUAAUUCCCCAGCCUUCCCAAUCCUAUCUCAGUGACAGCCACGUCAUCACCCACUCACCAUUUCCAUUUUCCAGCUCCCCCCAAUUCCCAGCCAACUGCCAUUGAAGAAACCUCUCUCGGAGCUCUCUUCUCCUCCAUGAACUCCUGAACGAGGGAAAAAAGAAAAUGGCUUUCUCCGCCAUGAUUUCGCUACCGUUAUCGCUGCGUCCGUCGCCGGCGCUCGGAAGCCGGCGGAAACUACCGAUUCGGUUUUCAAUUUCUUCGUCGGCGUCGGUAUCCAUCGAAUCCAACACGACCCAGUUCGAUUUGCAGGGGUAUUGGACCUCCCUGAGGAAGGAGAUCAACCAGAAUCUGGACCAGGCGAUCCCGAUUCAGUACCCGGAAAAGAUCUACGAGGCCAUGAGGUACUCCACGCUCGCCGACGGCGCCAAGCGGGCUCCGCCGGUCAUGUGCGUCGCCGCUUGUGAGCUAUUCGGCGUCAAUCGCCUCGCCGCUUUCCCUACCGCCUGCGCCCUCGAAAUGGUUCACGCAGCCUCCCUGAUCCACGACGACCUCCCCUGCAUGGACGACGCCCCAUCACGCAGAGGCCAGCCGUCAAACCACACGAUUUACGGAGUGGACAUGGCCAUCCUCGCUGGCGAUGCCCUCUUCCCCCUCGGAUUCCACCACAUUGUCCACAACACGCCCAAAGACCUAGUCCCAGAGAGGCGCCUCCUCCGUGUGGUGGCUGAGAUCGCUCGAACCGUGGGCUCUACAGGCAUGGCAGCGGGCCAGUUCCUCGACCUCAACAGCAGUAGCAGCAGCUCAUCCAUCUCGAGCGCCAUCGAGUUCAUCCAGGAGAAGAAGUUCGGCGAGCUGGCUCAGUGCUCCGCGGUCUGCGGUGGGUUGCUGGCUGGGGCGGAGGACGAGGAAGUCGAGAGGCUGAGGAGGUACGGGAGAGCUGUUGGGGUGCUGUAUCAGGUUGUGGAUGAUAUCCUGAAGGCGAAAUCGGGGGAUGGAGCUCUGAAGAAGGAGAGGGGUGGGAAGAGCUAUGUUGGUGUUUAUGGAGUUGACAAAGCCAUGGAGAAAGCCGAGGAGCUGAGAGACGAGGCUAAGAAGGAGUUGGGUGGGUUUGAGAAGUAUGGUGAGGCUGUUCUGCCUUUAUAUGGGUUUGUGGAUUAUGCUGCUGACAGAGGGUUUAGUGUUGGGUGAAUUGAUUUGAUUCUAAGUUGGUUUAAAGCUUUUCUUUGCCUUUAGAUGAAUGAUGGUUUGGAAAUGAAAUUAUACUGCUAGA